GGAGAUCUAGUGGGUGUGGUUGGAGGGCGACUUUCCUCUGUGCUGGCAGAGAGAUGCCCUGUUCAUAAUUACUGCAGCACAAAAAAUAGCCAAGAGGUUUUUCAGAACAGUCUUGGGGAAGAGCUGAGGACAGUUGUGGAUUGUGCCAUUCUUAGUAACACAACUGGACAAAAACCACAAGGAUGUGCAGUUGUGGACGUGAAUGGCUGCAAAGGGGAAGUCCAAAGCUGUUUGAUGCAUAUUAUAGGAAUGUGAGGGAGUGUGUGUUUGGGAUGCAUCUACCUUAAUGGAGCCACACUGCAAACGGCGGAAGACGGAGGAACCGAAAGAUGCCUGCCCUUGGCAAGUGGUGCCCGUUCUUUCUGAGAGGGAACUGCAGAGUGUCACGUUAAUGCCAGUCUACGCUGCCCCAGUCCUGGACAAGAAGCAGGCAUCACGCUUGGUGAAGGAAGUCUCUGCCCUUUACCCGCUGGGUGAUUACCCACACUUGAAGCGUGUCCGAUCUUGUGGCUCUGUGAAUAGUUCACACCCGCUGGAGAUAAUCCUGUGUUUGGCAGGUGGCAAAGACAAGCAGUCUUUGCAGACAGCUUUGGAACUCUUCCCCGAUCAUCAGCUGGACCUGUCUGGCUUGGGGGAACCUUUCUUAACCCAAGUGCCGGUCAACCCGCCCUUGACCCGUCUCCAGUAUGAGGAAGCUGCAUCCCACUGGCCGGUCACCUUCCACGAAAACAAACGCAUCAGCCAGGCCUUGAGUGGGUGUCUGUUCACUGCAGCGGAGAAGACCUCCAUGCAAAGCCACAUGGAGCUGGCCAUCCAAGCGGCACAGAAUGGGGCAAGGCAAGGCAUGAAGCCGGUAGGGGCUGUGGUGGUCGACCCAACCACUGGGAGAGUCCUGGCAGUGGGACAUGACUGUAGGAAUGGUGUCAACCCGCUGCUCCACGCCGCCAUGGUCUGCAUUGACCUUGUGGCUUGCGGCCAGGGAGGAGGAGCAUAUGACUACCAAGAUUAUCCCAGCUGCACCUUCCUUCCAUUGGCUGAUAGCUCGAACCAGACCUCCUCUUGCGCUGAUGGGCUUCCGUACAUUUGCACUGGCUACGACAUGUACUUAACGCGGGAACCUUGCACAAUGUGCGCCAUGGCGCUGGUGCACUCCCGCAUUGAGAGGGUCUUUUACGGGGCCCCAUCCCCGCAUGGAGCCCUAGCGACCAACUACCACAUCCACAGCUGCAAAGACCUUAACCACCACUAUGUGGUUUACCGGGGGAUUUUGGAGGACCAGUGCCGUAAUUUGUCGCAGAUUUCCGUUCUCAAGUAACUCGUUACGUAGUGGGUUCAUCUGAGGGAAUAUCUGUGGUUUUUAUGUUUAUUUUUUACCUUUUAAUAAUAUUAAAUGAUUUAAAGAA